AUUAAUUUAGAAAACAUUUGAUACCUUUUUCAAUCAUGAUAACUGUUUCUGCUCGUUCUUAAAUUUGCUAUCAUGUCUGUGCAAAGAGCAUUUGCACAAAAACUUUCAAGCCAGCAUGCUGCUGAUGUGCGUAGACAGAUUUCAGCAACAAGUGCCUCACGAGAACUUUCUAAGAUCGAUGGCCGUGCAAUAUCUAUGUCAUCCCCCUGUGACAUUGUCGAACCUCUAGACUACGAAGAAUUCAUUCAACAACAUCAACUGUUACUGGACCGUGACCCGUUACGUGAUAUUCUCGACUUCCCACAUAAUGAUAUCGAGGUAUGUGUGUUGCCACGUAAAAUUCGUACUCUUAACCCAUCAGUACCAAAAGAACCGUUGGAUAAACUUCCACCUAUUGUACAGGAUUGUGUAGAAUGCUACACGAGAGAUUGGGUGUACGUUGAUUAUAGAUACAGGCAUCACUCCAGCACUCAGUCGACGUCUUCAAGAGAUAAAGAAUUAUUAAACAGUUUGUCAUCACAAGAGUAUGAGGUGGAUGCUGAUAAUUUGAAUUGUAACGGUUCAAAUGAUGACGAUAGUUUCAAGAUUAAGUAUAACUCUGGGAUAGGUGACGUUCCCAGAGGUAGCUGGGCGAGUUUUGAUCUGUUGAACUGCGUUAGUGACCCACUGAUGCCUCCGCUUCUGGAGAGAAUUCCUCCCGACACAGUCGAUCAAAUGAAUCAAAUCAACCGUCAACAAGACAGACAAGAGGCGUUGUUUGCUCUCUCUCCUCCUCCCGAAUCUGACGAUCCUGUAGAACGACGCUUACUACCUGAACCACCCACCGAACCUAUCGGUCAUAGGAUACUUGUCAAACUUCUGCAGUUGAAACUAGAUUUGGAAGUUGAGCCGAUAUUUGCGUGUAUGGCAUUGUAUGACGCCAAGGAAAAGAAAAAGGUAUCUGAAAAUUUUUACUUUGAUUUGAACCCAGACAGUUUCAAACGUAUGCUACAACCUCAUAUACCUUAUAGCGAUGUGAGCACAAUGAGUAGGUCUUGUAUUUUCAACAUAACUUACCCUUCCACCGAUUUGUUCCUAGUUAUUAAACUGGAAAAAGUUCUCCAGGGUGAUAUAAAUGAGUGUGCUGAGCCAUAUAUUAAGGACGAGAAAAACAUUGAUAAAGUGAAAGCUAACGCACAGGUGUGCUGUGAACGUUUGGGAAAGUAUAGAAUGCCCUUCGCAUGGACUGCCAUCUAUUUGAUGAAUGUAGUAUCAGGUGUGAAUAGUUUGGAUCGUGACCGAGAGUCUAGCAGUGACAAGGAAUCCAUGGGAUCAAACAGUUUGGAUCGUAAAACGAGUUCUAGUAAUUUUGAAAAUUUGAGGAAAAGAGCUAGUGAUAUGGGAUCGUUGACUAGACGCGGUUCCCUAGAACGUAGAGCUAGUUCAGAUAAGAGAUUCAGUUGGUCGCAGGAAGAUUUUUCGACUUCUCUCGAUACUUUCCGCCCUGUUACACUAACAGUGGCCAGUUUUUUCAAACAGGAGAGUGAUAAGCUGCGCGAUGAGGAUUUAUACAAGUUUCUACAAGAUUUGAAACGCCCCUGCUCAGUGUUGAAAAAACUCAAAAAUAUACCUGGAACAUUGAAACUGGAUAUUUCACCGUUAACCGAGGACAUAAAAAACAGCAUCACACCAGAACUUCUACCGUUGUUACCAGCAUCUGACGAGAAAUCACGUCCCACUAAAGAAGUGUUGGAAUUUCCAGUGAAAGAAGUACUCACUCCUCAUUACCUGUACCGAAACAUGUUGUAUGUUUACCCCAAGGAACUGAAUUUCAACGGACGAACAGGAUCUGCUAGGAAUCUGGCUGUUAAGGUGCAACUGAUGUGUGGUGAAGAGGAGCAUCAAAGUCUCCCAGUAAUAUUCGGAAAAUCUUCCUGCCCAGAGUUCUGCACCGAGGUUUAUACAACUGUCAGCUAUCACAAUAAGUACCCCAGCUUCUAUGACGAGGUCAAAAUUCAGCUACCAGCUGAUCUAGGCGACCAGCACCAUCUGUUCUUCACAUUCUAUCACAUCAGUUGUCAGAAAAAAGCUGAACAAAACGUUGUCGAAACUCCAGUCGGUUACACUUGGAUCCCGAUUUUUAGAAAUGGGAAUUUGGAGGGAGGGGAGUACUGCUUGCCAGUUAUGAUGGAACACCCCCCUCCCAACUACUCCUACAUUGGGCCCGAUGUUCUGCUGCCUGGCACAAAAUGGGUGGACAACCACAAAGGUAUAUUCACAGUGCACUUGGAACCUGUCUCCUCCAUACACACUCAAGACGAAUAUCUGCAGCAUUUCCUCACACUGUGUGCAAACUUGGAACAAGGCAUCAUCCCUCAACGAAUGACCGAGUCUACUUUGGAGAACGAGUUGAAAAUGAGUGUGACUAACCUCUCUCAUGCUAAAACUGAACCACUGGUCAAAUUUCUGCCAUUAAUCCUUGACAAACUGAUUGCAUUUUUGGUGAAACCUCUAUCGAUUCCCAUCAACAUCAGUCAAACAAUUUUCCAAACAUUGGCUGUACUUGUGAGAAAUAUCACCGCUCUACAAGAAGUGUACUCUGAUUUAUCUGGGAGACAUGUACUGCUGACAACUUACAUCACCUACCAAUCUAAUCUACCACACCCUAUCUGUUCAGAUGACAGUUUGCAAGCGACCAAGAGCAACAGUAACCCUGAUUCGAUGCAUAUUUUAGGGUUGGAAGAUUCAGAGGUGAAUCUAUACUCGAGGGGACUAGACAGAGCAUGCAGUAUGAAAACAGGUAACUGUUCAGAAAACUAUCUACUGAAAACAAGUCUGUGUAAACUAGUUCAUGAGGAGUUGGUGCUGCAAUGGGUGGUCGCUAGUGGAUCAGCUAGAGAACUAUCAAUGGCCAACGCUUGGUUUUUCUUUGAUCUGAUUAUUAAAAGUAUGCUGGAACACUUGGAACGCACACAGACUUUGGAUGCACCGAGAAAACUACGGUUUUCAGAACAUUUCACAGAUGACAUCUCAACACUAGUGACUACAUUUACUUCAGACGUCAUAGCAAACUACAACAAGGACCUAAAGUUGAGCUGCAGUAUGAAUUCAAGUCUAGCGUUCUUCCUGUAUGAUUUGUUGUCAGUUAUGGAUAGAGGGUAUGUGUUCAUGCUGAUCAAAGUGUAUUGUAAACAGAUGUCAGCUAAGAUAUCCUCACUUCCUGACGGCGCAAUUUUGUACAGUUUGAAACUGGAUCUCCUGAGAAUUGUUUGCAGUCAUGAGCAUUUCGUAGCUUUGAACCUGGCUUUCGGGACGCCGUUCACAUGGAGCUCAGCACCGACCUCCCCCACCCCUUCACAGGCGUCCUCUACUAGUCAAGCUAGAGACAAGACGAGCUACGCGGAGCUAUCCACAGAUUUCAGGCAACAACAUUUCCUCAUGGGGCUUCUACUCACAGAUCUCGCUGUUGUUCUAGACAUGGAGAACGUCAACCUUCAUAUUAAAGCUGUGAAUGUUGUAAGGAGUUUGAUGUCCAGUGAAGACACUGAUGCCAGAUUCUCAGAACCUGAAGCUAAAGCUAGGGUGGCUGCUUUGUAUCUCCCAUUACUAGUAAUUGUGAUGGAUAUGUUGCCUCAGUUAUACACUUGGCACCAGAGUAGAAACGUGAGGGAAACUAAUGACGAAUUCGAACCUAAAACUGGGAUCAAUCAGAAUGUGGCGAUGGCUAUAGCGGGGACGUCCAUGUUUGGAGUGAAAACCGCUCAGAUGGAGAGGUUCAGUUUGUUUCAACAGUCUAGAAAAACUGGGUUGAACGGGGAAACUACUAGAAAUUUGUUGAUCUGUUUUCUGUGGGUCAUUAAAAACAUGGAUAAGGAGGUGUUGAGACAGUGGUGGAUCGAUUUACCGUUACAAAGGUUGAGACAGUUAUUGGAGGUGUUGGAUAUCUGCAUUUCUUGUUUUGAGUAUAAGGGGAAAAAGAUCACAAAACACCAGACACAAACGUUUCACAAGAAAACGGCGGAUAUAAAGUCGAGGCUGGAGGAUGUGAUACUGGGCCAAGGUUCUGCAAGAUGUGAAAUGAUGUUGAGGCGCAAGGAGAAGAACCCUCCCUCGCCAGGAUGGGGGGUAGGUAGUGGGGAUAGGUUGCGGUGGCGGAAGGAGCAGAUGGCUUACAGAGCACCCGAUUCCACCGAUCGUCCCCGACCGCAUAACACGAACGAGUCGGAUGCGUUUAUUGAUGGAGGACUGGCUACUGAGGUGAGUUUUAUUGUGCUUGAUACUUUGGAACAGAUUGUGCAAGUUGCAUCGCAGUCUGACCAUCUGCAGAGUUUGUUGGGGGCGGUUUUGAGGGUCCUAUUACACGCUCUCUCUCGUAACCAGAGCACCCAAGUCCUCCACAACAUGUUUGCCACUCAACGCUCGAUAGUUUUCAAAUUUCCCAACCUGCUCUUCGACGAGGAAACUGAGCAAUGUGCCGAUCUUUGUCUACAACUACUGAAACACUGCAGCUCACAUCUCAGUAGCAUCCGUUCACAAGCGUCGGCCUCACUCUAUCUACUUAUGAGACAAAACUUUGAGAUCGGCAAUAACUUCGCGCGCGUAAAGAUGCAGGUGACAAUGUCGUUGAGCUCUCUGGUCGGCACAAGUCAAACCUUCAGCGAGGCUUCACUCAGACGCUCCCUCAAAACUAUCCUGCUCUACUCUGAGGAGGACCUCGAUCUACAGGACACCACCUUCCCGGAACAAGUCAAAGAUCUGGUGUUCAACCUACAUAUGAUACUGAGCGACACGGUCAAAAUGAAGGAGUUCAAGGAGGAUCCAGAAAUGUUGUUAGAUCUGAUGUAUCGUAUCGCCAAAGGUUACCAGAACUCCCCAGAUUUGCGGUUGACUUGGUUGGCGAAUAUGGCACAGAAACACAUGGAGAGAAACAACCAGACUGAAGCAGGUAUGUGUCUUGUACAUAGUGCAGCACUUGUAGCUGAGUAUCUUCAUAUGUUGGAAGACCAGAAACACCUGCCGUUAGGUGCUGUGAGUUUGGAGUGUGUGACGCCCAACUGUCUGGAGGAGUGUGCAGUGUCCGAGGAUGUACUGAGUCCUGAGGAGGAAGGCGUGUGUCUGGGCAAAGAUUUCACUGAAAGUGGACUAGUGGGACUGCUGGAGCAUGCAGCCAACGCAUUCCACACCGCCGGAAUGUACGAAGCUAUGAACAGUGUCUACAAAGUGAUGAUACCUAUCACGGAGGCAAGUCGUGACUACAAGAAACUGGCCAACAUUCAUGGGAAACUACAUGACGCGUUCACAAGGAUGGAACAGUUGCAAGGUAAACGAGUUUUCGGAACUUAUUUUCGUGUAGGGUUUUAUGGAGCGAAAUUCGGGGAUUUGAACGGUGAGGAGUUUAUUUAUAAGGAACCUACUUUGACUAAGUUACCUGAGAUUUUUAGUAGGUUGGAGAACUUCUAUGCUGAACGUUUCGGACCUGAUUAUUUAGUCAUUAUUAAAGAUUCGAAUGUGGUGGAUGCUAACAAUCUAGACCCCGACAAAGCUUACAUACAAAUCACCUAUGUUGAACCGUAUUUUGAGUCGUAUGAAGCUAAGUAUCGUAUGACACAUUUCGACAGGAAUUUCAAUAUCAAACGAUUCAUCUACGCCACUCCCUUCACGACUAGUGGGCGGGCCCACGGUGAGUUACACGAGCAGUAUAAGAGAAAAACAGUGUUAACAACUGCGAAUCAUUUCCCCUACGUGAAAACUAGGAUUCAGGUUGUACACAGGAAGCAAAUCGUGUUGACACCGAUCGAGGUGGCCAUUGAGGAUCUGCAGAAGAAAACGGUGGAACUAGCGGCUGCAACUCAACAAGACCCUCCCGACCCCAAAAUCCUACAGAUGGUGCUUCAGGGUUGCAUAGGGACCACCGUGAACCAAGGCCCCAUGGAGGUGGCAGUGGUGUUCCUGUCGGAUUUGGUCGACGGCGAGCGGACGCCGACAAAGCUGCAAAACAAGUUGCGACUGUGUUUUAAGGAUUUCUCGAAAAAGUGCUCGGAUGCGCUGAGGAAAAAUAAGAACCUGAUUGGGCCCGACCAGAGGGAUUAUCAGCGUGAGUUGGAAAGGAAUUAUCACAGAUUUAGUGACAGAUUGAUGCCGUUGAUUGCGAAUAGGGGAGGAGGAAUGAAGAGGAAGUAGGGAGAGAAAAGGAAGAAAAGUAGGUAGAGAAAGUAGGAAAAAAUGAAGAGAAUUAGGCAGAGUAAGUAGGAUAAAAAAGAAAAUGAAGAGAAGUACGUAGAGGAAGUAGGAGAAAAGUACUAGAAACAAAAGAGAAUUUGUAGAAUGUAGACGAAAAAACAAAGAGAAUAGGUGAUGAACAUAAUAUUAAUAAGAGAGAAAAGAUAUGAAGAGGUAGUUGAAGGAAAAAUGUUCAUAAAGUUUUAGGUAGAAUACAGAAGAACAAAACAUGUAUUAAUAGUAUUGAAUUCAGUAGUAAGAACUUAGAAAAACUACAAAUAAUUAGAAAGUGAUAGAAUAUAUUAGUUUGCAGAUAGAGUGGAGGAGGUCGUACUUAUACACAAAGCUUAGUUGGUAGACAUAUUGGAGGAGAAUAGAUAAUAGAAUACAUGUAGCUUAAAAUAGGAAGGUUGAAUAAAAAGUUGAUGAAACCUAGGUUAUUUAGAUUAGAAGUACAUAGGAGGCUACAGAUAAUUGAAGGGAAAAACUAGGUUAUUCAGAAGUAUAGGAGGCUUAAUUGAAGGAAAGUAGAAUAAUGUAGAAGAAAAGGAAUAAUAAUAAUAGGAGAAAUGUUAUUGAGGAGAAAUAUGAAGUAAAGAGCAGAAAAUACAUGGAAAGGUAGAGAAUUCAGGUGGUAAAAUGAAGAGAAAUGUUGAAUAAAACAGUACUGGAACGAAACAAAACAGAGGAGUAGAAGAUAAGACAAUCCAGUGGGAAAAUUGGAGAAAACAAAUUGAAUACCAUUUAGUAGAAAAAUGUAAAGAAAAAUACCAAAAAUACUGUAGGUAAAUGUACUGUAUAAUAUUGCUUUGUAAGAAUUAUCUACAAAAAGUAGGCCUAUUUAUAUAUAAUUGAAUUGAAGGAAAUACUUCUCUAGAGCACAAUAUCGUAAUAUUUAGAUGUAAGACAGCAUGUCUCAAUAUCCACAAAAGUUACAGCGAAAUCUUAUUUUCUAGUCACAAGCCUUCUCAUCUAUUUUAUGCAUUUGUAAAAUGUCAAAAAUAAUAUUAGACUAUCGUAACCAAAGAAAGAUUUAUAUUAUUGUAAUGGCUUGCUGAAAUAUUGAAUGGCUUGCUGAAAUAUUACCGUAUUUUUUAUCUGUAUAAUUUGGCAGAAAUUUUCACCAAAACAAAAGCCUUAAUAACAACAGCAAUAUUUUAAAAAUGAGAAAAAUAAAUAGCAUGAUCAAAAGCCUUAAAAGUAGAAAAUAAUUUUAAUGGAAAUGGGAUUGAAAAAGUGCAUUAAAAUAUCAUAAUAACAGCAAUAGGUUUUACACAAAUUUCAAGGCAAAAUUAUUUUAAUAUUUGCAUACUAGUUAAUAGUUUUAGUGUGUCUACCUAAGUAGUGCUCUAUUAAUUUGUACUAUUUAGAAAUACAUUAGGGUCUUUACCCUUGACCUAGAAUGUGUUCUACACAUUCUCAAAAUUAUAUUAUUUCAGACCCAUAGCUAAAGAUGUACACAACUUUUUCAACAGUUGUAUUAUAAUGGAAAAAAUUAAUUCAAUAAAGAAUUAAAUUUAUUUUAUUCAAUUGAGUCUUCCAUUUAGUUAACAAUUCCAAUCCAUUCUGAAGUUCAAAAUCUGUUAUUUUGAUAAAAUUUGAGUGAAGAAAAGUGAAAAUCUGUAGUAAUAUGAAUUAUCUCUUAUUAUUUCUAACUAUUGCUGUUAUUAAUGAUAAAAUCAAAGACUGAUUAGGCUAAUGUUAAUUUAUUGGCAUUGGCAUACCUAAAUGAUCUUUUGAAAUCUAUAUUUUUAGCCAGUAUUCUACAAGGUUUUUUGUAGUCUAAUAAUCUUGCUUAUUGUGUUUUACCGCAUACUAUACAAAUUAUUAGUAAUAUGCCAUUUGUAUACAUACAAGUAACUAUUAUAUAAGAUUAUUAAAAUCAAAAAGGUCAUCUAUUCCACUAAAUAUUUUUACAAAAAUAUUCAUCCAGAAAUACGAAUUGUUUGAUUCUAUUGAUUUAAAGUAAUUAUUGAAGAUAUUUGUAUCAAUAUAUUUCAUGAUUGUUUAUGUAUUCAAUCUCUACUACUUUGAUUCAAAUUUUUCUCAGUAGAAAUUGUACAAUAUUGAAUUUAAAUCGAAGCCCACAUUUUACUCCAUUUCAACUCAGAAGCCAUCUCACGAUAAUAAAGAUUGAAGAUCUCUAGUAAUUAUUUUGUAAUGUUUUCAUCGAUCACUGUAAAAUUUAUGUUUUUAUAUAUUAUAAUAAAACUUCAUGAAAUAUAUGUAUUUGUUCAAGUAGCUUUUGCUAUUUUCUUAGAUUCAUUUAAGGUAUCUCUCAAAGGAACCGUCUCCAUUGUGUUACCGUAUUUCAACAUUAUAUUUAUUAAUUUAUGUGAAUUGAAAGAUUCUCGUAAAUUGGUAAUUAUUGAAAAAAUCAAGUUGAUCAACUCUGUCACAUAUUAUAAGUCACAAACUGUUUUUAUUGUUUUCACAAUAAUUUAUUACUAGUGUCUAUUUCACUAUAUUUCAUCAAUCGUGCUACCUAUGUUACAAAAUUCUGGCCAUUCAUUCAUAUGUUACCUUUUAUGAAUGUUGUAAGUUGUAUCCCAUUCCAUAAACCUUAUUUACUUGAUAAUAUCUCUCUUCAAAAAUCGUACCCAUCUAUUUUUUCAUGUAUAAUAAUUGUUUAAUUACUAUAAUAAUAUUUUUUACAAUAUUAUUGAUGCAUCAUGUACAUUAUUCAAUCGAAUGUUUUCUGUGAUGUGUCCAGGCGUAUUGUAAUUGACCAUUGUCUUGAAAUGGACGCAAGUACCUCUAAAACAUUGACAACUGCGCACACCUCUGAAACAGUACCGACUGCGCACACCUCUGAAACAGUACGAACUGCGCACACAUCAGAAACAGUGCCCACCGCGCAAGCACAACAGUUGAACCAAGAUAGCGGAGCCGCUGAGUUGUCACAUGAAGCGCAUGCGCAACCGUUGAGUCAAGAUGGCGGGGCCGCCGAGUUGUCACAUGAAGAGUUGAUGGAAGUGACGUCAACUGCUCUCAACGAUCUGCUAAAAACGGUGACCAUACUAGCUGAUCUGCCACAAGAUGUGACCCUGGAGGAAGUGAACGCGCAGAUUGCCGUGCAGCAUGGCCAGUCCAUCACUGUCUAUGCGGUCAGGGAGGAUGGCGAAGAGAUUGCGGCUGUGGUGAACCAGAAAGGAGCACGGGUGAUCGACCUGAAGCAUGCGAUACGGAGAGCGGUUGACCUGAAACUGAAGCGAACCGGGAAAAUCGGAAAAGUCAGUGAAAAGCGGAAAAUCUCGUGGAAAUAUGUGUGGAAAACGAACCACUUGAGCUUCGACGGGGAACAGUUGAGCAACGAUCAGGCACUGUUGUCUGAGAUGGGCAUCCGAAACAAAUCAAGGGUCACGUUUGUGAAGCGGCUCAGAGCGAAGGGUACUGUUAAGAGGUGAAAUCGCAGAUUCAACAAAACAGCGAAAAUAUUUAUUAAGAGAAUGAAUCAGUAAGCAAAACGUCCAUAAAAGACAAUUCUUUCCAUUUCCAUUAUAUCUAUUUGUAAUUAGUAAUUAUGAUGUAUUUUUAUGGCUUCUUUAUAUUGUAAUAAAUGUAUUAUUAUAGGA